AUGAAGAUUGUUAACGGCGGCAAUUCUGAAGUGCCUAAGCGUCAGAUUCAGAGGGAGCAUGGGAUCGAAUCAAACAGCGAAGAGGGUACUGGUGCUUUGACUGACGACGAUAUUGUUGUACUCGCCGAAAUGAAAGAAGAAGGAAGUUCCUGGAAAGAGGUAGCUGAGCACUUUGGCCUCAAGCCUGACGCUAUCCGGAAGUUUUACGGCAAACAUCAAGCUCGUCACGAAAAUUGGGACGCAAUGAAGGUUCAAAGGCUGAGGGAAGCUUAUGUCAAGUAUGAUAAGCAGAAGUGGCAAGUGAUCGGUACUGAAAUUGGCAGUAAGCCUAUGGCGUGUGAAACGAAAGCGAAGGAGCUCGGGUUGUUGUAA